AUGGAAGAUGAGAGCCAGAACCUGGUCCAGAAUGAGGAGACCGUGGUGGAAACUGGCCAGAGACAAUCACGUACUCUGACCUGCAACAAAAGUACUGCAACGACCAUACUGUCCGUCUUUGUAGCUCUCCUCAUCGCAGGUCAAGCCGUAUCCAUCUACUUCAUGACCCAGCAGAAUUCCACCAUUAAUCAGCUGUCGGAAACUACAACUGCAUUAAAGAUGAAGGAUAUGAUCAAAAAUCUUCCUGGUUCAUCUCCAUACCAAAAUCGCCAGAAACUGAGAAUUGCAUCAUUUAAUAUGCCACUAGCAGUCAGCGAUACAGACGGCUCUCCACAGAACCUGGAAGCUAUUGCAGAGGACAGCAACAAGAUGGAAGAUGCUGUUAAAUACAUGCUCCUGAGAACUAACCCCCUGAGAAAAUACCCUUCACUGAAUGGCACCAUUCUUGAAAAUCUGAGGAAGCUGAAGAAGACUCUGAGUGACCAAGAGUGGAUGGUUUUUGAUGCAUGGAUGCAGCAGUGGUACCUGUUCUAUUUAGUGCAGAACCCUGAAACACCAAAGACAACCCAGGCUCCACCAACAGGUGCCCCUGUGAUGUCAGAAUGCAUGGCGAGGGCCAGUCAGCAUACUCAGCUUGGUGCUUAUCUACCACAAUGCGAUGAGAAUGGUGACUACAGUCCUGAACAGUGCUGGAGAAGCACCGGAUAUUGCUGGUGUGUCUACAAGAAUGGAACCGAGAUUCCAGAAACCAGAACUCGUGCAAAAAUUGACUGCAAAAGUAAGAACACAGGUAUCUUACAUGGCUAAAGGUAUCAUAAGAUGCA